AACUGGAGGGAUCUCUUCGAUAAGUUUGAUCCCGAGGGGUUCGGAGAGAUCCUGGCGCUGGACUUUCUACGCGCCAUGGCGUCGGCCGACUUUCUGGAGCGAGUCGACGUGGGAAAGCGGACCCAGCUGGCAGACAGGAUCAGCUCCGGCCGGCUCAAGGUCGUCACCUAUCAGGAGUUUGUCAACGUGAUGACAGGGAAAAGAUCGCGAAGUUUCAAGUGUGCCGUGCACCACCGCGACAGAGAGGUGCGCAGCGAGAACGACUUCCACCUCAUCACCAAGCCCGUCUCAGCAUUCCAGAGGAUGGUGAAGCUGGUGGCGGACGAGUACUUGACGGACGAGAGGGACCGCAAGUACUACGCCGACCACUACCGGUGCUGCCCGCCGCCUCUCUUCAUCGUCUCCGUCACACUGCUCGAGCUGGGCUUCUUCAUCUACUACACGGUGACGGGCCUGGAGGUGGGCGGCCAUGAGACGUCCUCGUCGGUGACGCCGGUGCCGAUCGACUCCGUGCUGCUGUACCGGCCCGACCGGCGCUGGCAAGCCUGGCGCUUCGUCACCUACAUGGUGCUGCACGCCAGCUGGUGGCACCUGAUCUUCAACCUGCUCGUGCAGCUGGUGGUGGGCCUGCCGCUGGAGAUGGUGCACGGCUCCGCCCGCGUUUUCACCGUCUACAUGGCCGGCGUCCUGGCGGGCAGUCUUGGAACUUCAGUCUGCGACACCAGCCGCCAGGUGUACCUGGUGGGAGCCUCCGGCGGCGUGUACGCUCUGCUGGCGGCCCAUAUCGCGAACGUCCUGCUGAAUUACCACAACAUGGAGUUCGGCGUCUUCCGUCUGCUCAUAGUGUUUCUCAUCGCAAGCUUCGACGUCGGCUUCGCCAUCUACCACCGGUACGCGCCAGUGCCAUCUGUUGAGCCGGCCGUAAGUUAUGUUGCGCACCUGGCCGGUGCAGCGGCGGGCCUGUCGCUGGGGCUCGUGGUGCUCAAGAACUUCCAGCAGAAGCUGCACGAACAGCUGGUGUGGUGGCUGGCGCUGGGCGCGUACAUCGCCUGCACGCUCUUCGCCAUCAUCUUCAACAUCCUCCACACGCCGGCGAACGAGAGGUUCGUGUGAGUGGUGGCGCCGCCCGAGGCCGCCGCCGGCGUCCGGGGCGUUGGCCCUGAGCGUCGGCCGGCCGGCGUCCGUCCCAUGCUGUGAUAUAGUGCAGACGCACCAGGAGUGAGGCUGCACGGCGUGCGGGGCCAGAAGCCUGUCCAGACUGCGGCCCGGCGGCGAUCUGAGCCUGCCGCGCCCGCCGUGCAGCGCGGAAGUGAGCAACGGCAAUAUCCGAAAUGCAUCCACGUACCAAAGAAGGUAGCAUUUGUGUUCCCUGUGUUUGCCUGGCUGAGUACCGCGUCGUAGUCGUUCUGUUGAGUCAUGGUUUGUUGAGAGCCGCCAGAGACGGAAAUCGGUGAUGUGGGACGAUUUGACCGGCAUGUGCUUCUCGUGGUGGUGUAGCGUUAGCGCUGUCCUGAUGCGUUUCUGGAGAAUGCGCCGUCGCAGUCUCCCUACGGCUGUCAUUGUCGAUAUCAUUUCGCCCUGGAAUCACAGAGCAGUACCCUCGGCCGGCCCGGCGGCGGACCAGCCAGCCGUCGCAGUGGCGGCUCGAGGGAUCCGUCUGCUAACAUAGAUGAGCCUUCUUUGAUCCGAGUCAGAAGUCCUUCACCCAUCCGUUGCCCAGCUAACCUGUCUUACCUCCCAAAGCGCGAGAGCCGUCCCACUCCCGACCGAGCCAUUCCGUGGCCUCGGGCCGCGCCGCCCGGCCCGGCCGCGUCCCGCCGUCCAGUGAUGGUCGCGUGCCUCCGCCGAACCCGCGGUCGGCCGUCCGAACGCGCAUGCGCGUGUGCGACUCGGAACGUCUGUGUGCUCUGCGCAGCUGUGUGAACGACGUGCUGCGAGCUGCGGGCGCCGCCCGCCGGCCAGGCGGCCUUUCUAGUCAUAGCGCGUCGUUGAGCUGGGUGGUAUGUGUGCUGUUUGUCCGGUGUCUGUCGACACUAACCAUCGUGACUUUAUACUCGUGAAGUGUCGGGGCGCGUGCCCCCGCGUUGUCUGUCAGCUCGAACUGCCCGAUCAGCUAUCACGCGCUGGGAUAGCUCGCUCAGCCACGUGCACAUAAUUUCUCCGGAUUAGCCCGUACAUAUCAGCGCGCCUGGCCGGGCCGGGCUGGUCCCGUGCUCGGACCGACCAACAUUCUACAGCUCUAUUCCGCCGUUGUCGCCGUGGUGACGUCAUUGGGACCGGUGACGUCAUCGGGUUGGCCUGUGAUGGGACACUGCCGGCGCAAGAUGUGUCGCGCCCGGUGGUGGAUGUCGCAUGCCUGGCUGUCCGGAUUAAACGCGCAUUUCCUGUGCUGGGAUUCUGUUGUUCCAUGCGUGUAACUCUGAUAUUGAAGAAUAUAGCUGAAUGCACGACA